UUACAUCCAGUCGCUCGUCAGUCAGCUGAGAUGGAUGCUGCUUUUGGUGCAACGGUGGAGGAAGCCAUUGAGGGUCGCCGAGAGAAGCUGCACCAAUUGAGCCGGUUCCUCUGGGAGAAUCCGGAAUUGGCCCUAGAAGAAGUAAAGGCACACAACUACCUGACAGACUUUCUGCAAUCUGAAGGCUUUUCGGUGCAAAGAAACUACCUGCUGCCAACAGCGUUCCGUGCCGAAUACUGUGGCAAAGCAGAGCCAGGUACUAAGGGCGGUCCCACAGUAGCCAUUCUGUGCGAGUACGAUGCCCUUCCAGAUAUCGGCCACGCCUGCGGGCAUAAUCUGAUCGCCGAGUGCUCCGUGGCUGCGGGGGUCGCAAUCAUGGAAGUGCUACGCAAGGACAACACGCUGCCUGGAAGGGUAGUUGUCUUGGGCACUCCAGCAGAAGAGAAUUGUGGAGGCAAAGAGCUGCUUAUUCGAAAAGGUGCGUUCGAAGAUAUCCAUGUGGCUAUGAUGGCACAUCCGGGAAAGAGAAAUGGCCUGAAGUAUGCUUUUCCGGCAACGCUUCAGUUGACAGUGAGAUUCACCGGGAGGACAGCACACGCGGGUGCGUCUCCCUGGGACGGAGUGAACGCUCUGGACGCUGCUGUCAUCGCUUAUAUGAACAUCUCUCUGCUCAGGCAGCAACUGAAGCCCACGUGGAAAGUGAGUGGUGUUGUUAUCCGAGCUGGCAAGUAUCCCAACAUCAUACCCGAAGAAAGCGAGCUCAAGUACCACCUGCGCGCUCCCAACCUGGAUGAGCUGGAUAUUCUACGUACCAAAGUAGAGUCAUGCUUUCACUCAGCCGGCGGUGCCACAGGAUGCAGCGUGCAAAUAGAGAGAGGAACCACGUACAAGCACAUGAUAAACAAUAUCAGUCUGGUUCAAGUGUUUCAGGGAUACGCAGAACAGAUGGGUGUAAGCUUCGAAGACCCUGAUCCUGGCCUUCUUCUAACCACUGGAGCAUCUACCGAUGCGGGUAACGUAUCGCACACCGUUCCCUGCAUCCAUCCGAGUUUCAGGCUAAACUCGGUCGGUCGUAACCACACCAGGGAUUUCCAGCAGGCCGCUGGAGCGGAUGAGUCUCAGCCCUUGACACGAACGGUGGCCAAGGCGCUCGCACUCACGGCUAUUCGGGUGAUGCGAGACACGAAGCUUCUGGAGGAGGCUAGAACAGAAUUUCAGAACUCCGUAGAUAGGGAUGUGAACGGUGCUGUGUGAACACUUAUCUCCGAGCUGCGUCUGUUUGUGUGGCUGGUGUAGCGAGCAAUCAUAUCGCGUCAAACUAAUGGGAAGUAGCACCGCAUGACGACGUGGAAGAGUUUGUGUUCGCGGCUAGGCUUUGUACGCUGUUUUUUUUUUACGAAGAUAAUCAGAUGUUCAAAUUGUUUUUAAGCAAUAAUUAUUUCUUUCUUCAUGUGCAGUAAGGGAAAUCGCAGGACGUUGUUUUGCGUAGCACAAGAACGCACAGCGUAGUAAAGGAACGCUUUUUUCUGCAUUUUUAAACGCUUCAUUGGUCUAGAUGACAUUAAUUAGAGUUUGCGAUUGUAAGCCUUCUAACUUUUUCCACGAAACAGUACAGGAAUGCACUUUAAAUUGUUUAACUAUAAAAAUAGUCCAAUUACUUAUCAACAUUAUGGGCACCACCAUAUAUAGGGGCAGCACCACCGCUAAAAUCUCACCGACGUCGUUAUCGACAUUGCAACUGCAGCGCUUUCCUCACCAUUAGUCGUGUCGUCGUCAGUAGAAACAUAUAUCGACGCCUCGGGAUGUUCUUGAAAUAGUGUGUGUGUGUGAGAGAGAGCGGUGCUUGCUUUUCUUCAUCGCAUCGAUUGCAGUUGACCACGGUAAUCUUUAUGGAAACCUCUGCCGCACGAAACAGUAAAACGAAUCUUCUAUA